ACCGCUGCACAGGUGCCACAGCUGCGUAACAACCAAGCUGCCCAUUCUUUCCGACGCAGCAAUCGGUCGUCCCUCUCCUCACCUGUUACCCUUCUCUCUCCUUUCAAGAAAACCAAAUCACUCCAAAGCAAAAAACGGUCGCGUCUUCCAUUGUUGCGAGGCGUGCCCACGCCUCACCACCCCGACACCCUCCCUGGCUUGUUCGCUUGCUGUCCUUUAUUGCUCCGAUCCCGAUUGCGAAGCGGGCACCAGGAGGAGGGAAGCGAUCGAGCGAGCACAAUUCCGGCCCCGACAACCCUAGCUAUCCCUCAAUCCACACUCUAGCAGGAAAUUAUUACUCAUGUUGCUGGUCAGAACAAGUGGAAGGUGUCUUUUGCAAAGCUCUUGGUCAUCUUUCUUCUAUUCGUUUAUGUAACAAUCUGUAGAAUUCGCUUGCAACAUGGCAAAAAGUGCCAGGAGCCGGCGCAGGAUUUCUUCUCGCCAGUUUAGGUCCACUCCUUAUCCGAUUCCCCAAUCAUACAGUUGGGUAACUGCAGAACCAGGUAACUUGAAACAAAAAUUGGCAUUAGAGAGGAAGGACUGGGAAGAAGCCACAUGCUCGGUGUGCAUGGAAUUCCCGCACAAUGCUGUUCUUCUGCUGUGUUCUUCCCAUGAGAAAGGGUGUCGUCCUUAUAUGUGUGGAACUAGUUACCGCCACUCUAACUGCCUUGAUCAGUUCAAGAAGGCUUACACAAAAGUGAGGUCUACUCAACUUGACCAAGUCGAGGACAACGCAAACAACUCUGGGUUGAUCGUUCCUGCCUGGUCCUCAAGCGGCAAGUCUGAGGCAUUGGAGCUUGCGUGCCCUCUUUGUCGUGGGCAAGUGAAGGGCUGGACGGUGGUGGAACCAGCAAGGAAAUAUCUAAAUAAUAAGAUGAGGAACUGCAUGCAAGAUAGUUGCUCUUAUGUAGGGAGCUACAAGGAACUCAAAAAACAUGUGAGGUCUGACCACCCUUGUGUCAAGCCUCGUGAGGUGGACCCUGAGAUGGAGCAGAAAUGGAGAGUGCUUGAACAUGAGAGGGAGCGGCAGGAUGUCAUCAGCACGAUAACAUCGUCGAUGCCCAGAUCCGUGGUGUUUGGAGAUUAUGUCAUAGAGAUGACCAACAGUGAUGCCGACAGCGAGGACGAGACUGGUGAUGUAGAAUUCCGAGGAAACCGCGGUAUCAGCAGAAGCAUCCUUUAUUUUUUCUUGCGCGAAGGUGCACGGCUUAUGAGGUUUCAGAGGGAUCAAGAUGCUCAUGAAGGAAUGGAAGAUGACAGUGCUUAUGACCAUGACUUACUAGGUGGCACCAAUAUUCCUGCUGCUUCUGCCAUUUAUUCCUCAGGAGGAGAUGAUAGCAGUGCAGCUACAGUUUUUAACCGAGGUCGAGAUAUGGGCAUGUUGAGAUCCGAUAGGCGACGUAGGAGACGACGCCGGAGAAGCAGGGGCUCAUCAACAUUUGAUGUAAGUUGAAGAAUAAGAUAAAGCAUGUAUUUUUAGGAUUUCAUAAACGUAGGGAAAAUUUACCGGGACUCAUCCUCUGCAUUUAUAUUAACAUUGACCACACUAUCGGUUAUAUCUAUUUUCUCUUACUGAACUGGAAGUUGGUGGGAUGUCGAGGACUCUUGCGUUCUGUUCAUUCCGCUUUAAUUGCCCCACAUAUUUAUGUGAUGAUUCUGAAUGUGCAUCCAGUAUUUGGUGGUUCAAUUUGUGUUUUACAGUUGUGAGGUUUCUGCUACUGUCGAGCUGGUGCUUCAGCUACACUGUAACGUUCUGCUUUCCUAUGUACACUGAUAUGAUUGUAUAUUCUUUUAUCUGCAAUAAGGGUAUGUUUGUGCUGAAUGCUUCGAUUGCUAUUCAGAAUUUUCAUGAUUGUUGUAGCCAAUGCAUUCAUAUUUUGUUGAGUUUGGCCUCUAUGUAAUGAGAAAACUGUAUAAAUUGUUUGAACAAGGUAGAACUUCAAAAGCUACUGAGAAUAA